ACGCGCCUAGCGUACCGACAUUUUACAUUCUUCUGUUAUAGCGAGCGUUAGUAUCGAAGGUGUCGAGUAUUUUUCAUUAUUACAAAGCUGGAAUGUAUAUUAAUCGAUGGCCUAAACACUGAUACAGCAACAAUGGAUCACGAUAAAAAUUUACAAGAGGAUGAACAGAUCAAUGUGAUUACACGAUCUGCAGCUAGGCAUCUUCGUCGUAAACGAUUAAACGAAGCAAGAAGAGCGAGAAAUCAAAUUUUGGAUGAAUUUAUUAAUGGAGUUGAUGAGAAGAUCAAUCAAGAAACAGAAAUUCAUACUGACAGUGAGAAAAAUAAAUUGACCAAAUCAAAGGCUCGUAGAUUACGUAAAAAGGAAAAGGCUAAAUUAUUGGAAUGUUGUUGUUGCGAUACAUCUGUAGUCUCAAAUAAUUUUCUACAUUUAGAACCUAACUGUUGUAUUAAAUCGAAUCAGAAUACAUUUGAUUCUCAUCUUAAUAAUGUGCAACAUUUUGAAGAUCUGUUUGCACAAUCAUUACUUUCUUUAGGAAAUCAUAAAAAAACAACAAUUGGAAAAAGUGAAGAUAAUAUCGAUUGUGAAUAUAAUUAUAACAAGCAAGAUAUAAACAGAUCACAGUCUUAUCUUACUAAACUUGUUAACUUUGAUUCAGAAGAUUUAUCUGACUCAUCACAAAUAGUUAUUUUCUCAGGAUUACCAAAAUCAAUAAAUAAGGAGGAACAAACUCAUUGUACGAAAAAUAGUUCGGGUAUAAAAAGGUCUUAUUUAGAGUCUUGUAAUAUUAAAGUAGUCCAAUCUUCGGAUACUUCUUUUCCAGUAUCUGAAAGUUCAUCGAGACCGAAUUAUUUGUUUAUGCCCAACUCAAUUUAUAAAGAUCAUCAAGAGGAAAAUAAGAAUAUAUCAUUGAAUGAUCAAACAUUAGAAAAUAUUGUUACAACAGAUACUUUUCCAUUAAAAUAUGCUGAAGAUGAUGAUUAUUCUUCUUUGGUGAUUCAAGAAAUAUCUGAAGAACCUUCAAAUAUUGACAAAAUAACACAAGAUUCUGUCGUACAAAAGGAAGAACCUUUGGAUGAGUCUAAAGAAUUAAUUUUAUCAGUAAACUCAACGUUAGAUACUUUAAUAUCUACAAAAAAUGAACAAUCCAAUACAAUAAUGGAUUCUAAGGGAAGCAGUACAGUUAAAACUAGAGAGGAGAUAAAGGCUGAGCGUGAAGCAAGAAAGGCAGCUAAAGCAGCUAAAAAAGAUAAGGGUAAAGUUGUAACUAAUACAUCCGACAAGCAGAAUAUUCCUGUUAAAGUAGAUAAUAUUUCUAAUGAUAAUGAAAAACAAAAAACAAAUAUAGUUACGAUGUCAGAAUCAAAUGAUAUGUCUGCAACAGAAAAUAAUGUAAACAAUACCACGACAGGAAGUACUGUUUGUAUUAAAUCUAGAGAUAAAAGCAAUGCUAAAUUACUGGAAAAAAGUAAUAAUGCUUCUAUGGUAAUCCAAAAUUCAUCUAAAGAAGCUUCAGAUAUUGAAAAAACUUCACAAGAUUCUGUCGUACAAAAGGAAGAACCUUUGAAAGAAUCUAAAGAAUUAAUUUUACCAGUAAGCUCAACGUCGGAUACUUCAGUUCCCACAAAGAACGAACAAUCCAAUAAAAUAAUGGAUUCUAAGGCAAGCGAUAUAGUUAAAACAAAAGAAGAAAUAAAGGCUGAACGUGAAGCAAGAAAAGCAGCUAAAGCUCUUAAAAAAGGCAAGGGAAAAGUUGUUGCUACUACAUCCGAGAAGCAGAAUAUUCCUGUUAAAGAAGAUAAUAUUUCUAAUGAUAAUGAAAAACAAAAAGCAAAUAUAGUUACGGUGUUAGAAUCAAAUGAUUCAUCUGCAGUUGAAAAUAAUUCAAACAUUAUAACGACAGAAGAUAGUACUACUAAUAUUAAAUCUGAAGGUAAAAGCAAGGCUGAAUUACGCGCUGAAAGAAGAGCUAAACAAGAAGCACAAAGAGCUGCUAAACAAGAGGCACAAAGAACUCCCAAACAAGAACAAGUUGGUGAAAAAGUAAAAGUUAAAAGUAAACCAAAUAUUGUUCAAUCAAAGGCAGUUGUAACAGCUACAGCGGAUCAUCCAGUAGAUGAUAUAACGAAUAAUAUUGUAAAGAAAACAACAAAAGAUGAUACGCAUCAAGUAAAUCUGUUUAAACAUUUGUAUCAUGAAAGAGAACAUGCUUUGCAUGAAGUUACUACAUCUAAUUAUAAUAUACAUCCAGCUAUACGAAAACUUGGUGUACAGUACGAGAAUAAAAUUAUUGUCGGUAGUAACGCCAGAUGUGUAGCGUUUUUGGUAGCUAUAAAACAGCUUAUAGGAGAUUUUGAGAGACCAUUGAAAACUGAUUUUAGUAGAGGCCUUGAAACAAAAUUGAAACAAUCUGUUUCUUAUUUGCACGCCUGUAGGCCAUUAGCUGUUUCAAUGCAAAAUGCAUUGCGUCAUUUAAAAUGGCAAAUGACUCAAUUAGAUUCUACGUCUACCGAUACAGAUGUAAAUAUUUCUUAUUAA